AUGAGCACGGGCUUCGCCUCCGAGAGCUCGGCCACGUGGCCGUCUGGCGGCGUCAACGACGGCAAGCGGCCGCCGCUGCCCACGUCCUUCCGGCCGGAGAAGCGCGGCCGCGCGGCCAACGACGCCGCCGAUCCCAACAGCAGCAGCAGCUCCGUUAGCUCCGCGCCCAUGGCCGUGGACGGCCCGGCGUCCCCCAGCGGCGGCCCGGGCGUUCCCGGGUCGGCCAGCAACCUGCCGCACCUGGCCAGCUGGAAGUCCACCACGUCGUCCACGGACGGCGCCGCGGGCGACGUCAACACGGGUACGUACACGCGCGUGCACCUCAAGGUGAAGGCGCAGAGCCGCCUGGGCGAGACCGUGCACUGCUCGGGCUCGUCCUUCGUCAUGGGCCACUUCAAUCCGAACGAGAGCAUGACGCUCGUGACCACGCCCGAGGACUACCCGUACUGGACGACGGUCAAGCCCAUGAUCCUGCCGAGGGGCGUGCCCCACCAGUACAUGUACGCGCUCUUCUCGGGCGGCGUCUUCAGCUCCUGGGAGCAGAUCGAGUGCGAGCGAGUGUUGGUCCCCGAGGGCCGCGAGAUGGUCGUCGUGGAGGAGUACGGGGACUACGACCAGGACAUGGAGCUCGUCCCCACGGGCGAGCGCAUCGAGCGGUCGCUGGUCUACGAGCGCCGUCGGGACGAGACCCCCACGACCCCCAGACAGAACGACGCGGCCGAGGACAUGGAGCAAGAGGGAGGGGACGACGAGGCCAAGGACACGGGCGCCAGGCUGGCGGCCAGAGUCGCGCAGGACAAGGACGACGCCGACCCCCCAAAGUCCCCACGCAGCAGCGUCACGGGCUCCCCCAGCCAGAGGUUCCGCCAGACCAACAAGCUCCAGAGCAGGUACAAGAGGUACAUGCCGUCCAGCUACCACCCGUCGCCCGACGCCAUGCUCUUCCUGGUGUGCUACCACCUGCCCGUGAAGCUCACCAAGUCGGCCGAGGACGGGUCCUGGUCCGCCGAGUGGAACCGCGACAGUCUGAUCUCCAGGAGCGAGAACAGCAUUGCAGAGAGCAUGAACACGACGUGGGUGGGCUGCGUCACGUACCACGCGCGCAGCGACCAGGAGGAGCUCUCGGAGGACGACAAGAGCGAGAUCACGGCCAUCUUGGCCGACAUGAACUGCAUCCCGGUGUUUAUUGACCGCCAAUUGGCCGCGAACCACCACGGCGGGUACUGUAAGAGCAAGCUGUGGCCCAUGUUCCACAAUGUCGAUAUCCUGGAUAUUUACUAUGCGAUUUGGGACCGCGCCGAGGUCAUUGAGUGGAAGGAGGAGCGCAACAAUGGCGAGUGGUGGGACGCGUACCAGAAGGUGAACAGGUUGCUGGCCGAUCGUGUUGGAGAGCUGUGCAAGGAAAACGACACAGUGUGGGUGCACGACUACCACCUUCUGCUGUUCCCGUCGUACCUGGCUAACACGUGCAGGAGCGAGAACCGCAAGCGACCCAAGAUGGUGUUCUUCUUGCACGUACCUUUCCCGACGUCCGAGGUGUUCCGAGAGCUUUCGCACGGCACGCAGCUGCUAGAGGGCGUGCUGGAUGUGGAUAUUGUGGGCUUCCACUCUUUCGACCACGCGCGUCACUUCCUCAACGCGUGCAAGCGGUUCCUUGGACUCACCUAUCAGUCUCGCCGUGGUGGAAACCUGGGCGUUGACUAUCGCGGCCGCAACGUGAUUAUUACGAUCAGCCACGUGGGUAUCGAGACUACACUUAUUCGCGAGGUGAUCGCGAGUUCAGAAGUACAGGAAAUGGCACGCAAGCUUCGCGAAAAGCACGCUGGUAAGGUUCUGAUUGCAGGUGUGGACAUUUGCCAGCGGCUAAGUGGUAUUCCGCUGAAGAUGCUGGCGUUCGAGCAGUUCUUUAGCAACUGUCCGUCAUGGAAAGAUAAGCUUGUAUUUGUGGAGCGGUCGACCCUAACACAGACUCGACUGGGGGACCAGAAUUACAGCAGCAACGAGAUCCGGAAGCUGGUGGACCGAAUCACCAAGGCGCAUGGCCCCGAGUGCAUCGAUUACGAAGAAUCGUCCUCCCCGUUGACGAUAGAAGAACGGCUGGCACUGUGGCUCGCCAGCGAUAUUUUAGUGGUCACGUCUAUCCGCGAGGGGCUAAACCUGAAGCCUCUGGAGUUUGUGUUUGCGAAGGGUGUAAGCCCGUCUAGCCGGCCUGGCGUGGUCAUCCUGAGCGAGUUUUCUGCGUGCUGCUGCGUCCUCAAUGGUGCCGUGCGCGUCAAUCCGUGGAAUAUUACAGGGCUCGUGAACUCACUGGACCAUGCAUUGACGAUGAGCGACGAGGAACGGCUAGGUCGUCGUGCGCGGGAUCUACCGUACAUCACUAGCCAGCCCGCUGCGAACUGGACGAAGCAGGUGCUGUCUGUACUGCACGAGGCUACGGAUAACGCGGAGGGUGACGAGGAAUACACGAAUAUGGAGUACAUGGACAUGGAAAUCGGUCGGUCUCACGUCAUGCGCGUGGGCGAUCGGUCCGAUUUCAAGCAGCUAAACAUCGACAAGGUCAUGGAGGCGUACAUGCAGUCCAAGCGUCGCGUGUUCCUGCUGGAUUACGGUGGCACCAUCAUCGCGCGUGAGAACAUUGCGAUGUACGUUAAGAAAGACUUCACGGCCGUGACGGGCAAGCGGCCUUCUCCACGCAUGAUGGACGCUCUAACGCACUUGACCAAGGACCCGCGUAACACGGUGUUCGUGGUCAGUGGCGUGACGAAGACGGACCUCACUGCAUCGAUUGGACACAUUCGCGGUCUGGGUCUCGUGUCAGACAAUGGCGCGCUAUACUCGUGGGCUCGAUCAAUUGACAUCGACAAUGCAGGUGACAUUACGAUGCAGGACGGCAGCAACCCAAGCGACCGCCACUGGCACCAGCACAGCUUCAAGUUCGACUGGCGCCCGGUCCGUGAGGCGGUGGACCCGAUCUUGAGGGUCUACUGCACGCGCACGAAUGGCAGUGUGCUCCGGUACGCGCAGCAAAGUAUUGCUUGGAACUUCCGAUCGACGGAUCCGGAGUGGGGCCUGCUGCAGGCCAACUCGCUGCAGAAUGACUUGGAGGAGGUGAUCCGUGACCUGCCCGUUAACGUUAUCCGCAAGAAGGGUUUGCUCGAGAUUGUGCCCGAGGGUCUCAACAAGGGCGUCGUGGCCCGACAGAUCUUGACGCAGGAUGCGAGUAUCAGUCACGGCCACCCGGACUUCCUCUUCUGCAUUGGCGACGACACGACGGACGAGAGCAUGUUCAAAGCUAUUUACGACUAUUACGCCGAGCGCACGGAGGAGAGCGUGCACGGGCGCGCUGGGGGCGGUACUUUCGAGGACUUCCUCGCAUCGGGCGACGAGGGCCCGCUUCACCACGUGUUCACGUGCACAGUGGGCAAGAAGCCCAGCAACGCGCACCUGUACGUCAACAACGUGGACGAAGUCGAGCAGCUCCUGCAAGCGCUGGGCAAGGCGUCAGGCCCGGUGAGUGACGCGUCGAACGUCUCGAUGAGCGGCAACUAA